ACUGAUGCUGCUGGGCUGGAGGAGCUGGUGUUCACCCAGCAAGGAGGUCUCUGGACCUCCGUGUGGAUGAUCCCACCGCGGGUUCUGACAGUAACAGUAGCCCGAGCAUGAGCCAGCGGACAGCCGCGACAUGCCGCCGCUUUAACUGCUGCUGUUGGCGCAGUUGACUCCAUCCAUCCGCCCGUUAACGAGCUAAUCAGCUGCGGUUAGCUCGCUGCGCUCCAGCUGCGGUUUCGCUGGUUGACCGCUGUCAUUGAUAAACCGCUUCGCUCAUUCUUGCCUGUAUGCUUUAGUUUAAAAUCGACCUUCCUCCGGAGCGUUUAGGUUAGAGCCUCUUGUAGUUGAACAUGAUUCAAGGAGGCGGAACAUGGACGCUGAGGCGGAGUGGGCCGAAGAGCUGACUGCACACCAACUGCUGGAUCAAAAGGUGCUUUACAAGCAGAAUGGACGACUCGGCAUAGUGACAACUCUUCACCACCUACUGAACACCCAGAACACACUGCAGAUUCAGUCCCGUUCAGAAUGUACUGGUUCUUGUCCAAAUCUAAUGAUGAGUAGGAGCGAACAUGUCAAUGCCAGGCCGGUUCCUGUGGCCCUCACCCCCCAGCUCCCUCCCAGAGCCCACCGGCCCCUCUGUGUGUCUGUCUCCUCCGACAGCAGCGGCCGCUUCAAAGCUCUUGAGACGCAGGAAUGGAAGAACAACCUCAAAGCUCAGAUGGAGCAGGCUCACAGUGCCGGUGCUGCCAGCAGCACCGGUUCUCUGGAGCGAGCAUCCCUGUUCUGUGCUUCGGCCUCCACCACAGCGUCCAGCUCGGGCCUGUCCAGCCCCGUGGAGCUCCUCAGCAAGAGCAAGUCCUCCAGCCGCUUCUCCCUCUUCUCCCCACCCUGGAACAGCAGCUCCGAGUCCGACUCCAACCCUCCAUCCCGUUCCGGCUCCAAGAAGCUGCGGAACUACAGUAGGAGAGCUGCCACGGGGCCAGCCGGAGCUAGGGGCCCCGAUACAGCCGAGCCCAAAGCAGGUGGUCCCGAACACUUUCAGUACUCUGAACCAGUCAUUUCCAAGGUGACGGAUUACAUCUACGUGGGUAACCUGAACGCGGCGUACAACGGCCGUACGCUGUGCCGCAACAACAUCGACAGCAUCAUUGACAUGAGCAGUGUGUCGGGGGAGCCGGGCCCCUCCCUUAGCCUCAUACCCUGCACCUGCUCCCGCGGUGCCCGCCACAGCUGGUCCCGCCUUAAAGUUGACAUCAGAGACGUGCCAGAUGCUUUGGGCGACGGCCCGGCGCUGAAGCACCGCUGCUUUGAGGACAUCAACGAGUGCAUCAAUGCCUCCACCGAGAAGAGGAAGCGCGUCCUCGUCCACUGUCGGGACGGCUUCUCUCUGGCGCCGACGUGCGUCAUCCAGUACCUGAUGGUGAAGCAGAACAUGAGGCUGAUCGCCGCCUACGAGCUGCUGAGGGCCAAGUACCCGGUCAACAUCAGAGAGUGCCACCAGAACGUGCUGGUGAGCCUGGAGAGGGCGCUGCGGCCCGGUGGCAACGUGGACCCAGAGUGCUUCAAGCAGGCCAUCUCACGCAAAGUGGCUUGGACCUGACUCCAACUCCCAGAAUGCUUGGCUGCUGCUCAGUCACAUCAGAUUAAAGACAAACCAAGGGCAGCUGUGCUCCUCCCUGCAGACGGGUCUGCUGGAUGUUUUCCACUUCCCUGGUGUAAGAAUUAUUAAUCUGAGGACUUGUUUUUUUUUAAUGUUUUUUUUCCCUGACCUGUAAAUGUGAUUGGCUGUAAUUUCCAUCUUCACUACUUAGCAGACGCAAUAGACUCACCUGCAGCGUGAUCACCGUGUUGAUAGCUGUGUUGUAGUGUUGGAUGUGUAGUGGAUCUAAUCCUGCUUCAGUUCUGUGCCACGCAUUUGUGUUGUUUUUUUAAUAUCGGGAGUUUCUAGUGGGUGAUCUCAGGAGAUUAUUGAUGUCACACCAGUGCAGCGUAGGAUGUUUGUCUUUAGAUCAGCUGCACUAACAUGGGGGGGGGGGGUGGUAUCUUUCAGAGCACAUAACGUUGAUGCUGCUGCCAGUUUAGAUCAGAAACCUGGACAGAGGACAGCUGUCCUGAUGCACAGAGAAAUGUCUCACACAGGAUAACCUGGGGAAAAAAAGGCUGCAGCCAAAUGUUUAGAAGCACAGAAAGUCUGAUGCAGCAGUGGUUCCCAACCUGCUUUACUUUUACCCCCCUCUGCAUCUUCACAUAUUUACCAAAGGAAUACUCAAGAUAAAACUUUCUAAUCACACUUUCCCACUCUAACAUGGAAGGAAAACAAACACAGAGGUUUUAACUGUGCUUUCCUUCCUGAUCUGAUGAUACGGUUCAGACAUGAUCCUUUAUGGACAGUCAUGAUAUUUAUGAUCUUUAUAAGCUUUAGGAUUAAUCGUAGUGUUUAAUACUGUGAUUGAUUGUGAAAUAAAAUGAAUUCAUUGUGACAUCACUACUGUCUAGGA